GGGGCGAUGGACCAGGCCGGGAGAACGGCGUGGCGCGAUGGCCGCCGGGCGGGUAGGUAGCCCAGACUCUGGGAUCACCGCGAGGCCCGGCGCCCCGGCGGGACCGGAGGCCACCUUGGACGCGGAGGCGGCCGAGCUGCUGCCCUUCCUGAAGCAGGGUGCGCGCGCGGACCUGCAGACGGCGGCGGCACAGCACAUAUUGGCUCUUACGGGCACAGGGCCCGGCCGUGCGGUCUUGGCCGGGCAGGCGGGGUUGCUGCAGGCUCUAGCCGAGUUGGCGGCGGCUGCAGCCCCGGCCCCUGCCGUGGCCCGCGACGCCGCGCGUGCUUUAGUGAACUUGGCUGCCGACCCCAGCUUGCAUGAGCAGCUGUUGGCGGCCGACCCCGGGUUACACGCCCGGCUGCUGGGCCGCGCGCUAGAUCCUCAGUGGCCCUGGGCAGACGAGGCGGCAGCCGCUCUGGCCAACCUCAGCCGCGAGCCGGCACCCUGUGCCGCGCUCAUGGAGACACUGGCGGCGGCGGCGCCGGGGUCCGGUCUGGAGAGGCUGGUGUGCGCGUUGUGCACUCCCGGCUACAACGCACGCGCGCCCCUGCAUUACCUGGGGCCUCUACUCUCAAACCUCAGUCAGCAGCCUGCGGCGCGAGCCUUCUUGCUGGACCCCGACAGGUGCGUGGUCCAGCGGCUGCUGCCCCUUACCCAAUACUCAGACUCCUCGUUGCGCAGGGGCGGGGUGGUGGGGACCCUGCGGAAUUGCUGCUUCGAGCACCGCCAUCACGAGUGGUUGCUCGGGCCUGAGGUCGACAUUCUCCCCUUCUUGUUACUGCCUCUGGCUGGGUCUGAGGAUUUCUCAGAGGAAGAGAUGGAGCGGCUUCCUGUUGACCUGCAGUACCUGCCACCAGACAAGCAGCGAGAACCUGAUGCAGACAUCCGAAAAAUGCUCAUUGAAGCCAUCAUGCUGCUGACAGCUACAGCACCUGGUCGGCAGCAGGUGCGGGACCAGGGAACAUACCUAAUCCUUCGAGAACUGCACAACUGGGAGCCAGAGCCUGAUGUGCAGAUAGCCUGUGAGAAACUCAUCCAGGUGCUUAUUGGGGAUGAACCGGAGUGUGGCAUGGAAAACCUGCUGGAGGUGCAGGUGCCUGAAGAUGUGGAGCAGCAACUACAGCAAUUAGAUCGCCAGGAGCAGGAGCAGUUGGAACAGCAGCAGCGGGAGCUUGCUGGAGGGUCAAAGGGAGAGGGGCCUGCACCUACCUGAGGCCCCUGCUGCCUGAUGCCAGCUCCAGAGCCUCUUUUGCCAGGCUUCCCAUACUAAGCCUGCUUCCUGCCAUCUAAUCCCCUUGCUCAGAGGCUGUGCCUUGCUAAGAAGCAGAGGUACACUUAACGCUCCGGCCUGUGCUAAGAGUUCUAGGAUGAAUGCCCAGUAAACAUGGGAGAUAUGAGGGCAUUCUCAAUAUCAUGUCCUGUCAUUGCCAGUAAACGUGAAGGUUGUUGCACAGCUGAGCCAGAGCUGGCCAGACCUUGUGCCACAGCUUCCUCCAUGUGAAGCAGAUGUAUGGCCAGUGCAGCCACCAGGAGCUUGUUACCAGGCACUGUGGUGGGACUGGACAGAAAACAUUGCAGUCUCUGAGGAGCCAGCUAGAACUUCCAAAGGUACUGCCUGGUCUGGGUAUGGGCCAGCUCAGAGGUGCAAGCAGUGCCUCCUAUCAGUCCCAUCCCUUAGGAUACCUUCUAGACUGCGCCCCCGCCCCCACCCAAACUUGUGCUUGCUUCUUAGGUUCUACUCCUUUGUGAUCAUACUCCAUCUUGAACUUGGCCCUCACCCAACCCUCAAGUUAGGUCUGUUCCCUGGCCAGUUUCUCUGAGCCUCAGCUGCACUGAAAGACCUCCAGACCCUCCUGCUCCUAAGGCCUCUCACCUACCUCUCUGCAGAGACUAGGUGUGCCUGCGUCCCUGUUCCAUGUCUAAGCCUUUCCCUUAAGCAUCGUUUACCCCUUCAGAGCCCACUGUGGGGCUGGGAGCAGGCUUCUCUGCUUUUCUUCUGGACCUGUGGGUAUCCCUACCCCAGUUCUGCAGUUAUCAUAGUGGCUCACCCCAGUGUGUUCUUAUCAUUAGACCUCACUGCCCCCUGCCCAUUGGGCUCUUGAGUGUUGUCCCCUUGCCUCACAGACAGGCCUUGUCAGGUCCUAGUGAAGAGCUCAAGUUGUCUUGCUGGGAAUUUGCAGUACCCCUCUCCACCCGCUUGAAUUUGGAGGACUGCCCCACGUUGUAUUCUGUAUGGCAUCUGACAGUGCUUUACUGACUGCCAGGCGUCAUCUUCCCCUGUAGAGCCUUGUGACUUGCCCAUUAAAGCUCUUGGUGCUGUGGGCAGGCAUGA